GGGCUAUACACCAAUGCAUCUUGGGACAAAGAAGGGACCGACGUAGUGUUGGAAAGAGUCCUUGUACGUGAGAUGAAUUAUCUUUCCCACGGUUAUUCAAAUACUGCUUUGAAUGCCUACUUGUGGUUUUUGACAUUUUAAACAAACAAUACAGAGUUGUGACACGGGUGUGUAUGCGCAGUUGGGAGAAAUGGGAGCUGAUAAAAGAAUUAGUCGGACCGAACGUAGCGGCAGAUAUGGUUCUGACCAAGCCCGUGACGAUUUAGACUGGCGCGAAAGAAGAGAGAGGGACCAGGAGCGAGAUAACAACAUGCGCCGCUGGGGCGAAGAGAGACGCAGUGAUCGUUUUGAAGGAGAUCGUCGAGGCUCGCGAGACAGUCCAGAGCAAAGAGAAAGGAAACGACGUAAUAGUGAUAGGUCAGAAGAUGGUUAUCACUCUGAUGGAGACUACCCAGAACAGGAUUACAGAAGGGAGCCUGGGGAAGAGAAGAAGAACAAGACAAUCAUGCUCACGGGUCUGUCUCCUAAUGUCACCGAAGACAAUAUUUGUUUUGCCAUAGAUCAACUGGAAGGACCGCAGCCAGUGGAUGUCAGGCUGAUGAAAAAGAAAACAGGUAUAAGCCGUGGUUUCGCCUUCGUGGACUUUUAUCACUUGCAAGAUGCUACCCGAUGGAUGGAGACCAAUCAGAAUCGUCUGACCAUCCAAGGCAAAAGCGUGGACAUGCACUACAGUCAUCCCGUAAACAAGAAUGAAGACUGGCUCUGCAACACUUGUGGCCUGUACAAUUUCCGGAGGAGGCUGAAGUGCUUCAGGUGUGGAGCAGCCAAAGCCGACAGUGAAAGCAGCAGUAAUUCUGGAGGCUCCGAAGGUCAAUCCAGCACCGAUUUCUAUGGCGACACAAUUAUCUUGAGAAAUGUUGCUUCUCUGGCCACCGUGGAAGCCAUCCUGGAAAUCCUGUCACCAUACGCUAAUCUUUCAUCUAACAACAUUCGCCUCAUCAAGGACAAGCAGACAGGCCAGAACAGAGGCUUUGCUUUUGUACAGCUGUCCUCUCCUCUGGAGGCCUCUCAGCUGCUAACCAUUUUACAGGGACUGCAGCCGCCUCUAAAGCUGGAUGGAAAAACCAUUGGCGUGGAUUAUGCUAAGAGUGCUAGAAAGGAUCUUUUACUGCCUGAUGGGAAUCGUGUCAGUGCCUUCUCCGUGGCCAGCACAGCCAUUGCAGCGGCCCAGUGGUCUUCAAGUCAGCCACAGCAGAGCUCAGAUGGAAUGUCGGAGUACAGCUACCUGCAAGAAGGCUAUACUCCAAUGUCCCAGGACUACCAGACGUACUAUCAGCACGCAGCGCUAGCCAGCACCUCCCAGGGACAAGGGAUAUUAGGAGCUGCCCCGGGUGUGAAGCUUGUUCCAACUGCAGCUGGAGUAGUAAUCGCACAGAGUGCUCAAGUCUACCAACCCCAUAUUAUUGCGCAGCCGGCUGUUCAGGCAUUGUCACUUGCUCAGCAGUUGGCAGCAAAAGCGCACACUGGGCACUUUUCGGGCAUUGACGCUGCAUCUGUGCCCGUCGGCCCUGUAGCUGCUUCCACUUCUACUGCCGCCAGCACACUAACGACCUCGGGACAGCCAGCUGACACCAGUACUGUUCCUGACACAUCCACUUAUCAGUAUGAUGAGUCCUCGGGCUUCUAUUAUGAUCCUCAAACUGGCCUCUACUAUGACCCAAACACUCAUUAUUACUACAACUCUCAGACACAGCAAUAUCUGUACUGGGACAGUGAGAAACAGACCUACGUACCUGCCUCAACCGACGCAAAUGCUAUGCUAAAAGAUAACAUGGCCGCUGGCAAAAAGGAACCUAAAGAGGGAAAGGAGAAAAAAGAAAAGCCCAAAAGCAAGACUGCUCAGCAGAUUGCUAAAGACAUGGAACGGUGGGCGAAAAGUCUCAACAAGCACAAAGAGAACUUCAAAGGAAGCUUUCAGUCUAUUAGUCAAGAAGAGAGGAAGGAGGCAGCAGCCGCUGAUGCUGGCUUCAUUCUGUUCGAAAAGAAACAGGCAGGGAGCCUAGAGGGACUCAUGCCAGAGAUGCCCAGAGGCCCCGAAGAGGAGCCGCCGUCCAGCUCAGUCAACAGUUCCAAGUGUGGCCUUGUGGCGGCAUACAGUGGGGACAGUGACCCUGAGGAAGGGGCAGCAGACUGUGAUGGUGGUGAUGGAGGCCAGGACAAGCUGACAGAUUGGACAAAGUUGGCCUGCUUGCUGUGUAGGAGACAGUUUCCCAACAAAGAGAGUCUAAUUCGACAUCAGCAGCUCUCUGACCUGCACAAGAAAAACUUGGAGGUUUUCCACAGAUCCAAAUUGACAGAAGCAGAGCUGGAAGAGUUGGAGAGAAAAGAAACUGAGCUCAAAUAUAGAGACCGUGCGGCUGAGAGGAGGGAAAAAUAUGGCAUCCCUGAACCUCCAGCCCCCAAAAAGAAGAAGUUCAACCAACCCACCACACCUGUCAUUAACUAUGAGCAGCCCACUAAAGACGGUCUUAAUAGUGACAAUAUUGGGAACAAAAUGCUGCAGGCCAUGGGGUGGAAGGAGGGAAAAGGUCUCGGUCGCAACCAGCAGGGGAUCACCACACCGAUCGAGGCCCAGCUGAGAACUAAAGGAGCCGGACUUGGUACUAAAGGCACCAACUACACCCUCUCAGCCUCUGACACGUACAAAGACGCAGUCCGCAAAGCCAUGUUCGCUCGCUUCACGGAGCUGGAAUGAGUCUCGUCCUGGCGGGGGGGAAUUUGCUUCUUUUCAAUACGUCUGCAUCAACAAUGUUGAGGGAAAAAUGUCAAAUGUUACAGGAGCAAGAGACAUUGCCAUUUAGUCACCAAGACAAACAAACCUGUAAUGGAGGCAUAGGAUGGAAAGUAAUAUAAUUUAUAAAUUGUACAUAGAAAUAGUAAAUUUACUUUUCCUUUUUCAUUCUGUUGAAAUGCCUUUUUUCUUUUUCUUUUUUUUCUUGUCUCUGCAUGUUAAAGACAAAUGUACAGUUUUUACAAAAGUAUUGUCUGUUUAUACAGAAAAUAAAUGAAAGAAGUGAUUUA